AUGCGCUUACUCCACGUCGAAUCGAUGAAGCUGCACACAUUCUAUGGAGAUGGCAUCCCGCCCUAUGCCAUCCUUUCCCACACCUGGCUCAAAGACUACGAAGAAGUUACGUUCACACAGGUUCAGAAUCCUGAAGCAUGUCGCCAUCUGGCAGGGUAUCGGAAGAUCGAACUCCUACUGAACCAGGCCGCUGACGAAGGAUACGAAUACGCGUGGAUCGACACGUGCUGCAUAGACAAAACAAGCAGCGCGGAGCUGUCCGAGGCGAUCAAUUCUAUGUUCGCGUGGUAUCAGAGGUCGCAGGUGUGCUACGCGUACCUCACCGAUGUCGACAAAACCAAGAAUGAUAAUUUCAUGGAGAGUCGCUGGUGGACAAGAGCCUGGACAUUACAGGAACUUCUCGCAUCCCAGGAUGUAAUCUUUUACGAUAAUGAGUGGAACCGGAUUGGUUCGAAAUUCGAGCUCGCGGCUGUCAUCUCGAAGAAGACUGGCAUCGACAAGGAGACGUUGAGGGAGCCGGAGCAGAUGUAUCUGCGAAGCGUCGCGCAGCGGAUGUCCUGGGCAUCAACGAGACAGGCGACUCGCAUUGAAGACACCGCUUAUUCUCUCCUUGGGAUCUUCGACAUCAACAUGCCUCUACUGUACGGCGAAGGCAAGAACGCGUUCGUCAGACUGCAGCAAGAAAUUCUGAGGAACUCAAGCGAUCAGUCUUUAUUUGCCUGGGGAUUCUCCCGAGAGAGAAUACAAGAC